AUGGCAUCUCUUCCUGAGCAGCACACGCAGGACAUCAGCUUCUACGAGGACCUGCGGCGUUUGAAGGCCGUGAGUUUUGUCCACUUGUUCCGGUCGUGCCGGUCCCUUUGCCUCCUGGCCGAGAAGCGGUGUGCUCUCGCCCCAGAGCUGAGCGUCGGCGGUUUUUUCUUCGGUCCGAGUGGAGCCCAAGUGUCAGGUGCGCACAGCUACCACGCCAAGGCAAAUACCAUGUGGACAUCUGAGACACUGCUGAGACACUGCUGGUUGCUCGCACCUUUUCAGGUGAAUACCAGCGGUGGAGAGUCCGAGCCACAAGCGGCCAUCAGCAAACAGCAUGUGAGAGUUUCUUCCUCAGUCCAGGUUCUCGGGCGCACUGCGUUGUGGUGA